AUUGAUAAAACUUGUGUUUUUUUUUCUGGCAAUAUGCUCUUAAAACUAUAUACGCGAAAUCCAAAGGUUUUACACAUUUUCUAUCAAUUUGAAAUGACAAAUUGAGAUUCGACCGCUGAUCAUUCGUCAAUCCGUUUUCUGAAUUUCUAUCGCAUUCAUAAAUACUCAGAUGCAUAAUUUGAUAUAGUCCUCUGCAAGUCGAUUAACUGUAAUGGUAAUUUUAAUUUUAAUUUGAUUACAAAAGGCGAAAUACGCGUCCAUUCCCAGCCCUCACUCUUUCAGAACAAUAAAUCUCGGAUUAGCUAGAUUGGAUUGACAGGAUGGCGUAUGAAUUGAGCGAACAGAAAAAGAUUGGUCUUGGUCUAAUUGGGUUUGGUAUAUUCUUCACCUUUCUUGCUGUAAUUCUCUUUUUCGACAGAGGUUUGCUAGCUCUUGGAAAUAUCUUUUGGCUGACUGGUGUAGCCAUUUUACUAGGCUGGCGAUCAACAUUGCAACUCUUCACAGACCGGAGGAAUUAUAAGGGUUCAGUUUCCUUUCUUCUCGGAAUAUUCUUUAUAUUUGUCCGCUGGCCAGUAGUUGGUAUACUUGUGGAGAUGUAUGGCUGCAUUGUUCUUUUCAGUGGUUUCUGGCCCUCAAUAAAGGCAUUUCUUUACCAGAUUCCAGUAAUUGGCUGGAUUUUACAGUAUCCCGCACUGCUUAUUAAUCAGUUCACGAAGAGGUCUGCUUGACGGUUUUGAUCAGUUCUAAAGAUUUCGAGCAGUAGGAACAUUAUGCACGGGGAGGUACUUAAAUCUCUUCUUUCGAUCAAUCUUCGGUUAAAUGUUGCUUUGUCACACUGUCAAAAAUAUGAGCUUUUUUAGGUGACUUGAAGAAAACAUAAUAUUCAAACAUUUGUAGUGGUUAUCUGGUUGUGUAGAUUAAUGAAAUUAAAUUUGGUAGUUACAAACUGUACUGCCUGCAAGAAAUAAUGAGGGAGUGAAUGAGGUGUGUGAUGUUACAUUUAAUGAGGAGUGAAUGAUGUUACAUCUAUAUAUUACAACGUUUAUAUGAUGGUAUAUAGCAUAAAA